UUACAAGCAGCGAAGAUAUUAAACUAACUUUAAAACAUGGAGGCACGGGACUGAUUCGUGACGAUGAUGAUGAUGAUGAUGCCAUUUUAGACGUUAUUAUCCUAGAGCAGCGGAUCUGUCUAGCAGGUUAAUCUAGCUAGGCACCCGGACUUCAUGUACAUGGGCCCCACUUGCUUGGCCUUCGAUCGCCUGGGGACGAGAUUGAUAGUACUCACGUGAGCACGUUGAGGUGAUAACAUCAGUCGAUGCACGUGUUGCCUUCGUUGUGACGUUCACUUCACUUCGUCCUCACUGGUUUCCCAGGCUCAGCCAUGCUCUCGUCCUGCCUCAGAGUUACGACGGCUGCAGCUCGUGCAGCACGCAGGCCCGUGUCACACAGCACGGCUCGCUGCAUGGGCUACAUCUUGCUGUGUGCCUGCUGCGUGCUGGCAGCACAGCUCCUCAUCCUCCUCCACAGCAUGUCAGCAACGACCGGAAGACGUCAAAGUUGACGAUGUGGGGAAGGGACUGCCCUACCAGCCUGUUGUCAAGUCGGACAGGUCAAAGGGGGACAGGAACAGUCGGAAUCUAGGCUUCGUGCUCGUGAGGUCAGUGAAGGUAGCCCCAAGAAACCACCCGAAGGCGAUUCUCUGGUACGGGUGCAGAUACGGCCAGUAGCGGUGCCAGCUUUGAAGCCAGUCGUCCACGACCCAUCACGGAUGAAAGCUCAAAUUUUCAAGGGAGAGGAAAUUCCAGAUGAUAUGCUGUCUAUGACUAGACCGCAGUAUUUGGCAAACUUCAAAAACCCAUGCUGGUUCGAGAAAUCUGCACCAGGAGACAAGGGAGCUAACACGACACUGGAUGGCGUACACGUGAGGCUGCGUUGCCUCCCCUACUUUCAUCUCAUCGGCGUCGACAAGAGCGGAACGACUGACCUGUGGUCUCGCCUCGCCCAGCAUCCCGAUGUCGCCCGACCUCAAACUAUAGCUGGCAAGGAAACCCACUGGUGGUCAUGGAGACGUUUUGGUUUUGAUUUAUGGACCAGAAGUAAGCCCAAACUUCAUUUUGACUGGUACCUUCAGACGUUUGAUUUACCCGCAGUGAAAAUACUAAACACCAUGAAGUCCUUGAACAAUACCCAGUACCACCACGUCAUCACAGGAGAAGGCAGUCCCACUUAUUUCUGGGAUUUCUCUGGCUGGGAACUCAUUCCCCAGAACACAGGUGCAACAGCAGAAACUGCUCUGGUCACGCCCCACUGUCUACGUCACCUCACACCUGAUGUUAAGUUAUUAUUGAUGCUGAGGCACCCAGUUGAAAGGCUCUACUCCGAGUACCUGUUCCUGGACCGCUUUAAAAGCGAGCACAACGUCUCUGCCAAGCUGUUUCACCUGCAAGUUCAGCAAUCCGUCGCCAUGCUGGAGCUGUGUGCCAGAUCGCAGUCCACGUACCACUUGCCUGCUAAACAGAACUCUCCACAUGACUAUCCCGAUAAAGGCAUUCGCCUCAUGGUCAGUAUGUACUCCGUCUGGCUGGAGCAGUGGCUUAAAGUUUUCCCUCGGCACCAGAUGCUGAUAAUAAGGAAUGAAGACUACUCUAAGAAUAUAAGCCAUCAUCUUCAAACUAUUAUGGAUUUCCUAGGGCUUGCAUCACUUCCGCCGAGCGACCUUGACAAGAUAAGUGCGCAGGACAGAGCGUUCGUGAGGAACAGCCAGGACAAGGCCGUGGGCGACAUGUUGCCGGAAACUCGGAAGCUGCUGACAAAUUUUUACCGUAAAUACAACGAGCAGCUGGCCACCAUGCUGAGUGACAAACGUUUCUUGUGGCAGGAAGGCGGACAAUAAGAUUUUGCAUCGUGAAAGAAAACUGGAGCAAUUUUAUGCCUUGAAGGACAAUAAGAUAAGAUCGCAAAAACUGGACACGUGCUGUGGCAGGAGGUAGACUGAGGAUUAUAUUGUAUGAAACUCGAAAUGUUUCGAGACAUGAAAGAGAUUAUACCAAAGCAUUGCUUGGUAUUAUACAUGCACGUGCACCAGAAUAUACCUUAAAGCAAAAAUGUGUGUGCGUGAUGUGCGCGCGCACACGAGAGAGAGAAAAGGAGAGAGAGGGAGUGGAGAUAAAGUGUCAGCCGGACAUGUCAAGUGCAUUUUAAAUAAUACUUUCAUUUUGCAAAUUCUUGUUCUUUGAUAUUUACAUGGUAUAAGCAUAUACUCGCGUGUACUAUAUGAUGUAUGUAUGAUUUGCAUGUUUCCUUUUUUCAGUAUGAUGUGUUUCGUUUUAUACUUGAUAAUGUAGAGUAUAAUUUACUAAUUUACAAACAUGUGAAUAGGAAAAAAAGAAAAGAAAAGCUGAAAUAAAAGGAAGAAAAACU